GAAUCCACACACUCUUCUGAGACUUUCAUUUUGACAAUUACCUAAAGUAGGGAUGCCUGCAGAUUUCAAUGGUUACUGGAAAAUGGUCAGCAAUGACAAUUUUGAGGAGUAUCUGAAAGCGCUGGAUGUAAAUGUUGCUGUAAGAAAAAUAGCAAACUUGCUAAAACCUGACAAAGAAAUCCUUCAGAAUGGGGAUCAUAUGAUCAUUAAAACGCUAAGCACUUUUAGAAACUACAUCAUGGAAUUUGAUGUAGGAAAGGAGUUUGUGGAGGAUUUAGCUGGGGUGGAUGAUCGGAAAUGCAUGACCACUGUAUCUUGGGAUGGAGAUAAGCUUCUUUGUGUGCAGAAUGGAGAAAAAGAAGGUCGUGGUUGGACCCAGUGGAUUGAAGGAGAUGAAAUGCACCUGGAAAUAAGAGUGUGUGGAGUCAAGUGUAAGCAGGUCUUUAAGAAGGUACAAUGAGCCUACUGCCAAUACAGAAAUGAAGAACAGUAGAAUUUACAGACUUACCACCAGAUCUCCAAAUGGUAGUAAUGAUCAUCAGUAACGACAGCAAACACAGAAAUGAAGAUCACAUUAGAACUGUAUAGUUAGAAUAAAAUAUUUUAACAAAUAAUUUUCAAGAAAUGGCUGCAAAUAAAACUAUUUUUCGAAAUGCCAAUUAAAGAUACUAAACACUAUAAA